UCGGCUUGCCCAAUAUGUGAACAGAAGGCGAAACGUCGACGACGCGAGCAAAGGAUUUUUUAUCUUCACAAGAAUUUCCCGAUUCAAUAGGGAGGGGGGAAUCGAGGGAAGGAUAUGAAGUUUUGAAGAUAGUGGAGUUCAUCAUCUAUGUUGCGCCGCUCAUCUCAUCCCUCAUCCGGCGACGUAAAAAGUACCACAAAAGGCAAAGCAUACCAGAUCAUAGCAAACCAUGUCUGCAGUUGCAGUAUCUACUCAGAUGAGUCCAGCUCCUAGAGCGAAGAUCAACGAUGUCAACGAAAGCUACCAAAUGAACGAAAUGCUGAUCAACGAGGAGUACAAGAUUUGGAAAAAAACCUCUCCAUUGCUAUAUGACCUGUUGUGCAGUUAUUCAUGUGAAGUGCCUGCACUUUCUGUUAACUGGUUGCAGGAAUUCACGAUUGAGAAAAAUGAUAACGCAGAAUCAUUUAUAAGUGCGCAGUUUUUGAUGGGAACUCACUCAAAGGAUUUCCAGAACCAUGUCAAGAUGGUUUCUGUAUCUGUGCCGCCAACAUUGUACAACGACUAUACAGGCCCAAGUCCUUCUAUCCCAAACAACCUACUCAAAUCACGCCAAUUGAACAUCGUCCGAGAAUGGAACCAUCCUGGCGAAGUCAACAAGUUAAGAGUGAACCAAUUCAAUAAGCUGUUUGCUACCCAAACAAACGGUGGUGAUAUCCUACUUUUUGACCUCAAGGAUGGUGACUCCAAGACCCAUAAAUCCACCUUGAAGUUCCACUCUAAGGAGGGUUUUGGGUUGGAAUGGAAUCCAAAUGUUUCCAAGAAAAACUUGCUUUUAUCAAGCUCUGAGGACUGCAAGAUUGCGCUUUGGGAUAUCAAUGAGAAACUACAUCCGGAGAUGAAGCCAACUAGAACCAUCUCAUCACAUGAGAAUAUCGUCAAUGACAUCUCUUGGAGCAGAUCUAUAGACUCAGUGUUUGCGUCUGUUUCUGACGAUUCAUCCUACCAGAUACAUGAUCUGAGACUGACAACCGGCCCAAUUGUUCACAUAACGGACGCACAUCAUGAUCCUGAUUCCGAGAACAAUUUCAACUUCCCAAUCAAUACGGUCGAAUUCAGUGAAAGUGUUCCAACCCUUUUUGCUACCGGUGGGUCCGAUAAUUCCAUUCAGAUUUGGGAUUUGAGAAACCCGUCUAUACCCUUACGCAGGCUAACUGGCCACACUGCGCCAGUAGUAGGAUUGAAAUUUCACGAGAAUUAUCUACUCUCUUCAUCGGUGGAUAACAGAGUCCUUAUUUGGGAUUUGAAUAGACUGGAUGAGGGCGAGCCAGACAAAAGGAAGGCCGAUUACGUUGAUCCGUGCCUAGCUUUCAUGCAUGGCGGCCAUACGGGAAAGAUCUGUGAAGUAGAUUGGCACCCUGUGUUGGAAAACCUAAUCGUUAGUUGUGCUGAGGAUGGAUUACUUGAGGUCUGGAGACCUGCUCAUUUAGGCGAUGAAUACAUCGAGGAAGAGAAUGAAGAGGAAAAGGAAGAAGGAGGCACGAAGAGCGAUGACAAGAAGGAGUCCAGCGACUAGAACAGAAAGACACUUCUCGUUGAUUGAGAUUGUUGGUCAUUUAUAUAGUGUUGUGUAUAUUAAUAAUAUUAACUGAACGAAUAGGAAGGGAGAAGGGAGAAGGGAGAA